UCAACUAAAACAGUAGAAGAAUGUCGUUGGUUCGCUUUGUUACAAACUUGUAGAAGCGCAAAGUUACCGCUUUAAUUUUUAGCACAUUAUGAAGUACACUAAUUAGUGAACAGUGUAGUGAGUUUGUCAGUGUUAGUUUUUGUCAGGUUUGUGUUGUCGCGCGCUGUAAGUCAGUGAAUGAGGGUGCGGCUCACUGACGACGACAAACCCAGGAGAUUUAUAUUUAAAAGACAUCGACUGAAUCUUUAUUUAACUAUUUGUUACUGGAAUCAACAGAAAUAUGAAGAACACUUUUACAUUGAAUAUUGUUUUGGCACUGAUGUGCGGUGUGUUUGGUGAUGAAGUGAAGACAGUGAUGGAGGGACAUUCUGUUACUCUACACACUCAUCUCACUGAUAUGAACGGAGUUAUAAGGAUAAUAUGGAGGGUUGGAGAAAAAGGCUCUCAAAGUUUUCUAGUUACAAUUGCUGAUAGUAAGCCCUCAUAUGAUGACAAUGAUGUGAGAUUCAGAGACAGACUGCAGGUGAAUAAUCAGACUGGAGAUCUCACCAUCAAGAACAUGAGAGUCAAACACUCUGGACUCUAUGAAGCGGAGAUCAAUAAGGGUGCAGAGCAAUUAAAGAACUUCAGCGUUACUGUCAUUGAUUCUCCACGUGUUAUUGGUGCUGGUACAGGUGAUGUGAAGUCAGUGUCAGUGAGUGAGGGAGAAUCUGUGACUCUACACAAUGAUCUUAAUGACAAACAGAACGGUAAUCUGAUACUGUGGAGGUUUGGAGAUGAAGGUCUUCUCAUAGCUAAACAUGAUCAAGAAGACAAUAAGAGCUCAGUAUAUGAUGAUGAUGAGGGAUUCAGAGGCAGACUGAAGCUGGAUGAUCAGACCGGAUCUCUCACCAUCAGUGAUGUCAGAUCAUCAGAUUCUGGACUUUAUAAACUGAAGAUCAAUAACAACAAACAGACAUUAUACAAGACCUUCAGUGUUUAUGUCAGGAGUUUGUCUUCAGGUGCUAUAGCAGGAUUAUGUGCUUUCCUGGCGGUCAUUGCUGUUUGUGUUAUCGCUGCUGGUGUGAUUUUCUAUCUCCGUAUGUCUGAAGUGAAGAAACUAAUGAAUGAGAUGAAGUCAGUGUCAGUGACGGAGGGAGAUUCGGUCACUCUACACACUAAUGUUACUAAACUACAGUCUGAUGAUCACGUGAUCGAGUGGAGGUUUGGACAUAAGAAUGUCAUCGCCAAAGUCAACAGAAAGGACAACGCGCUCUUUGUGUAUGAUGGUGUUCUUGAUGGGAUAUUCAUAGGGAGACUGAAGCUGAACGAUAAGACCGGAUCUCUCACCAUCACAAACAUCAACAUGAGACACGCUGGACUCUAUAAAGUCAAGAUGAGCAGCGGUGAAGGAACAUCAUGCUCUCGCUUCAUCGCCAGAAGUGGACACUCGUGCUCUCUCUUCAAUGUUGUUGUCCAAGCUCAAAUAAAGUCUGUGUCAGUGAUGGAGGGAGAUUCGGUCACUCUACCCGCCGAUCUAACAGACCAACACACAGAUGCUGUGAUCGAGUGGAUGUUUAAAGAUGAAGACGCCGUCAUAGCCCGAUUCAGCAGAAAGAACAAGGACGUCUUUACGUAUGGUGAUGUUCUUGAAGGGAGGUUCAGAGACAGACUGCAGGUGAGCGAUCAGACCGGAGAUCUCAUUAUCACUGAUGUCAACAUCAGACACGCUGGAGUUUAUAAACUGUGGAUCAUCGCCAGUACGGGAGUGUCGUUCUCUCAAUUCAAUAUUAUCGUCAAGGAGAGGAUCAGACUAGCGGUGUUGGGACAGUCUGUCUCUCUGAUCACUGGCGUUACUGAAAUCAAGACUGAUGAUGACGUUCAGUGGGCGUUUGGGCCUGAGGAGCGUUUCAUUGCUCGGAUCAACGCACGAUCUGCUAAAUAUGAACUAUACGACUGUGAUGAUGUAAGAUUCAGAGACGGACUGAAGCUGAACCAGAAGACUGGAUCUGUCACCAUCGCAAACAUCACAGUUAAACACUCUGGAGUUUAUCAGGUUUGGAUCAGCAACAACAUAAGAACCAAAUACAAGAAAUUCAGUGUUACCAUCUCUGUGUUAGCCAAAAGAGGAGAAUCUGUCACUCUACACACUGAGAGUCAAGUACAGAGAGACAGUGAGAUCCAGUGGAUCUUAGAUGAUAACACCAUUCUGGUCACUGGAAAGAAUGGAGAAGACGGAGAGAGCCGAUAUACAGAUGAUGAGAGAUUCACAGACAGACUGAAGAUGAACGCUGACACUGGAGAUCUCACCAUCACACACAUCACAACUGAACACAAUGGAGUUUAUAAACUACAGCAGAUCAACAGUGAUGGAAAGAUCCCGUACAGAAUGUUCAGCGUUUGUGUCAUUGACAGCGCUCAUGGAACAGCGUUGAACGAUCAAAAAUCAGAUUUAAGAGGAAUCAGUAAUGUCACGACGCCUCUUUUGAAUGCAAAAGAUGUUUGAUCAGCUGAUGGAUGCUCAACAUCACCAGCGUGUAACAUGUGUUACAUCAUCAGCUUCUGCAGUAACAAUUGCUUUCAUGAUCCGUCCUUUAUAAAUGAGAAAUACUGUAAACUCCCUCGAUGUUGAUGUUGAAGUAUCACGAUUUUUGAUCAACAGUGAAGCUUUCAUUUAUUUGCAGUUUACACCGAUCAAAAACUUUUGACGUUUUACAUUUCAUAUCUGUUACUCACCACAGAGCAUAUGAUCAGUUUGACUCUUGCAUGUUUGAUAUUGUGUGAUUGUUGUCAGUAUUGAUUUAAUAUCAGAUAUACAUGAAGAUCUGUGUGAACACCUGUAGUCCUCUUCAAGUGUCUGAGCGUCAGUGUGAGAUUUAGAUGCCUGCUCUGUUUUUAAUGUCAAAGUCAUUAUUCUUUUAGUCUUUUAUUUACCUUGUGCAUGACUUCAUUGAAUAAUAUUAUGUUUGUUCAUCAGAUAUUCCGUUCAUCUGUCUACUGAUCAGAUCUGGAUGUAAAAUUUUAGAUGUGAAUUCAGACUGUCAGUACAGAUAUAAAACACUAACUUUAUAAAGCACUUCACUGAUCAACUCGCCGUUUGCACUUGACAAAUAAAGGAGAAAACGCUACACUGAUGUUGGUGCUUAACUUUGUACUGUAGUAGAAUAUGAUACAGUAAAUCUUGUCUAGUUUAUGAAACACUUCUGAUGCACAUUUUUAUUUCCCUUUAGAUAACAGUAUUGAUAAACUUUUGUGGGUUAUUUUUAAUUAAACGCAUGCUUAAACAAGUAGAACUAAGUACACAAUGUGCUGUAUGUCAAUAUCAUUUCAAUAAAGUACAAAACUGAAGUGAAAUCUUUCUU